AACCAUGAUAUCCUAACUUCUUCCUAUACUAUGAUUGUGCCCUCUUAUCAAUCCAAAACAAGAAUCUUUGGUUUCGGCAUUCCCAUGUAAAUCAUGCCCUCAAUUCCAGCCCUACUACCCAGGCGCUUUCCAUAUUCAUCCUCCACCCAGUGUAUUUGCGCUAAUGUUCUGCCAGACCCAUCCUUUUCGUCUCUACCGUAAUCGUCUUCUUGCUUUACUUCAGCAUGAGUACUUCGAAUCACUCGUCCGUGGUGCCUGCCCCGGCUGAACCGGAACUGGAUUACCACUUCAAGUAUACCGUGCAAAAGGGCUUCUUCGCUCAGAGUGAGGAUGAAACUGAUGACACGACUUUUGAUUUUAAGGCACAAAAUUUUGGAUUAAUCAAUCGUUCUUAUCCUGGAGAGACCAACAGUGAAGACCGACAGUGGAGGCGCUUUGAGACAUAUGUGACCGGUCUGGAGGCAGCGAAGAAAGAGGGCGAGAGUUACAAAGUCCUCUUUCUGGGUCGUCAUGGUCAAGGAUGGCACAAUGUCGCAGAGGCGAAGUACGGAACGAAGGCUUGGGAUUGUUACUACGCCGCCCUCGACGGCUACGACGGCAUAACCUGGGCAGAUGCCAACCUGACCUCUACAGGUCAAGAUCAAGCUCUUGCUGUAAACAAGCUAUGGACUGAACAACGUCCCCUUGGGAUCCCGUCUCCACAGACUUAUUACGUUUCCCCCUUGACCCGCACGAUCGAAACAGCAAAUCUGACGUUUGGAGGCCUCCCUCUCCCGUCAUCUCAGCCCUACGCGCCCUACAUAAAGGAACUCGUUCGUGAGGCCCUUGGCGUACAUACCUGUGAUCGCCGCAGCACAGCAACUCACCUCAAAAACACCUUCACCGACCCGAAAUUGACGUUCGAACCUGGUUUCUCGGACGAAGAUCCUCUUUGGGAAGCUGAGUACCGUGAACCGCGGGCCGCAAGACGGUACCGACUGGCCACAUUCCUGGACGACGUCUUCGCUUCGGACAAGAACGUGUGGUUGAGUGUAACCAGCCAUUCUGGAGCAAUUAGAAGUAUGCUCGAGGCAUUUGGUCACAGGAUGUUUGCGCUGGAGACCGGAGGUGUGAUACCCGUUUUUGUCAAGGCGGAGAAAGUGCAGGGAAAGAGACAGGCUCCGCCCAAGGAACCUAGCGACGCUCCGCCGCUGUGUGAUGGGCCACCCAAAUGAGGACAAGGAAGCAGAGAAGGCAUAUAUUGAGAGCGGAAAUCUGCUAUCUCACUUGUCCGGCAGGAUAUAGUUGGAAUACAAACCGUCAUUAC